GAGGUGGAGGCAGGACCGGCUGGUCGGCUUCGGCGGGCAAGGGAGAAGAUGGUGGGGCGCAGAGGCGCCGAACCCGAGAGAAGUGAUGGCGCUCUGGAGCCGGACCAGGAGGCUCUCCAUGCCAGCUGGAGUGUUGGCGACCCAGCCGGGCCCUCGUCUCGCUGGGGAGGAGAAGAAACAGUGGCGGUGCAUCCAGGACAGCGUGAAAGUCUUGAGGCUGACCCUCCAGAAUGACCUUCCCGGGGACCGGCGUAACCAAGUAAAGCAAAAGCCGGUGGGGAGGGCGUUUGCCAUGGUAGCCAACCGGCCCGCGAGCAGCCACGCCCUGGCUUCCGAAUGCGUCAAAUCCAACGACGGCGACGAAGAGAUCAUCAAGGUGUAUCUCAAAGCGCGGGCCGAAGACGGGGCGACGCACAGAAACGGCUUCUCUCCCUCGGCAAACGACAGCUGUCAUCCGCCGGAGCUUCCCCCGGACAAGCCAAAUGGCUUCCAGCCUCUUCGAACGGUUUCGUAUCGCAGCGUAUCCGUAAGCCAGGACGAGCCGAUGUAUCCUGCCGAGGACAUCUCGGUCAUGCGCGAGACCACCAAGAGGCUGUUUUCUAAACUUCAGGAGGCUGAGAAGAGGCAUCAGUCGGAUCGGGCUGCCUACGAGACAUCCAUCUCCCACUACCGGAGGGAGGCAGAACAGUCGGGCAUAGCCCUCCGGAAAGCCGAAACGGAGUUGGAACUGAAGGACCUUAAACUGGAAGAAUUACAAAGGCUUCUCACUGGCAUGGAGAAGGAACACCAGAUCCUCUUGCAGAAGGUGAGAGAUGGCGAAGCGGAGCUGGAAGCACUGAGGAACUUGGAGCAGGACAAGGUUGCUGAGCAGGAAAGGUCGGCCAAGCUGGAGAAGGAGGUGGCCACUCUGCGGGAGAAGAUUCACCACUUGGACGACAUGCUGAAGAGCCAGCAACGCAAAGUCCGGCAGAUGAUCGAGCAGCUGCAGAACUCCAAGACGGUGAUCCAGUCGAAAGACGCGAUCAUUCAUGAGCUGAAGGAGCGAGUGGCGUAUCUGGAGGCCGAGAACCUGGAGAUGCACGACCGCAUGGAGCACCUGAUCGAAAAGCAAGCCAACCCCGGUGCCUUCCCUGCCCGCUCCCGUUCCAAGUCGGAGACCGUCAGCAGCAAAAGGUUCGCCAAGCCUGUGGGGCCCAAACCUUUGCCCCUGAUCAGAGUGUUGGAAACAUGAACGGGAUUGUGACUCCGCGUGGAAAAUCGCGCCACUGCAAACCCGCUGGACGUAGGCAGUUGCCUCUCCUUUGCCGCUUCGUCCCCCAAGUUUCCCAGCUCACCACCUCCUGUGCCAAGGGAAUGAGUUGGCACAAGCAGGAAGGCCUCCCGGGGCUCAAAAGCCGUGAAUUUUAUCGGACGGUGUGGAUCGGGGAGGAAAUGUGGGACAGUAGAGGAAAAUCGAACGAUUGGAUAGCGGGUUCCUUUAGAAAAGGACAGUGCCUUUUAAACUUCCACACUCAGCCCCCCCAGUUUCAUAGCUCGGUUCUUAUGCAAAGCCGUUUUGGGGGCGGGGGGAGGAGGGACGGCACACUCGUGGCUCUUCUUGCGAAUCGAGACGGAUUAAAAAAUAGAGAGCUUUUAUUUGCCUGUUCAGUGUGGCGCUUCCCGCUUUCUCCUGUCCCCGCGGAGAAAGAGAUGUGGGCCGGUUGAACCCAGAGUUCCCCCCGCGCCCCCC